AGAGAGAGAGAGAGAGAGAGAGAGAGAGAGAGAGAGAGAGAGAGAUAGAUAGAUAGAGAGAGGGAGCGAAGUGUGUGAGUGCGUGUGUGUGUGUGUGUGUAUGAAGAGGCUGCGCGAGCGAGCACGGCGGAGCGCGCGGACCGGACCGAACGCUUUCCCCCGCGCGCCUGUGAAGGGCGGUCGGUUUGGGAUGUGAGUGAAUGAGGGGGACUCGACGCGAUGAGGGAUGUAUCGUCAGCCCACCACGUCCGGCCGCAUGGUUGCCAUUUUCCUCGCGGGGCGACGGUGCUGCUGCGCCGAGCCGCUCUUUAAAUUGGAAUAAAGAAACAAAAGGAGGCUGUGUGGACGUAGCGCGAGCGUAGCGUGAGCACAGCGCGAGCCGACGACCAACGGGGGUCUGCCUUUCGACGGUAUCCAGUCGAGGUAGGUCUCCAAAGCUCGCACUGAGACACAACCAGCAACCCACAGCCUGCCUCCUCACGACAGGAUGUUUUGACUCUGGCCCCUCCCCAUCCGACCCGUCCAGGAGAAGGCCCACCUGCCCCAGUAGGAAUGCACCCUCUGGCCUGGCGCCAAGCUCCGCCCGCCGUCACGCCCACCGCUCCUCUUCCUCUUGCCUUCCCACCCCCUGCCGCCAUCACCACCAUCUGCAGGCUCCUGCACCAUGAAGGAUGAGGUCAUCAGCACCAACGCGCUGCCCUGGCUGGUGUGCUCAGGUGUGUCCAUCCUGGCCAACGCCUGGGGCAUCCUGAGCGUGAGCGCCAAGCAGAAGAAGUGGAAGCCGCUGGAGUUCCUUAUCUGCACGCUGGCCGGCACGCACAUCCUCAACAUGGGCAUCCCCAUCACCAUGUACUGCGUCAUCCAGCUGCGGCGCAAGCACUCCAGCUACGAGUGGAACGAGGGCCUCUGCAAGGUCUUCGUCUCCACCUUCUACACCCUCACCCUGGUCACCUGCUUCUCAGUCACCUCCCUGUCCUACCACCGCAUGUGGAUGGUGCGCUGGCCUGUCAAUUACAGGUUGAGCAACACGAAGAAGCAGGCGGUACACACAGUUAUGGGCAUUUGGAUGGUCUCUUUCAUCCUGUCCACCCUGCCCGCUGUAGGCUGGCACGACACCAGCGAGCGCUUCUAUGCCCACGACUGUAGCUUCAUCGUGACAGAGAUUGGCCUAGGCUUCGGCGUCUGCUUCCUGCUGCUGAUCAGCGGCAGCGUGGCCAUGGGCGUCAUCUGCAUUGGCAUCGCCCUUUUCCAGACCUUCUCCAUCCAGACCGGACACAACGUGGACAAGAACAAGUUCAACGUGCCCACGAUCGUAGUGGAGGAUGCGCAAGGCAAGCGGCGCUCGUCCAUCGACGGUUCAGAGCCGAUCAAGACCUCACUGCAGAUUACCUACCUGAUCAGCGGCAUCGUCUUCAUCUACGACUUCCUCACUGGUUUCCCCAUUCUGGUGGUGAGUUUCGCUAGUCUAAGGUAUGACCGCUCCUACAGCUGGAUGGUGCUGUGUGUGCUCUGGUGCUCCAUAGCUCAGUCCAUCCUGCUCCCCAUGUUCCUCUGGGCCUGCGACCGAUACAGGGCUGACGUCAAGAUGGUGUGGGAGAAAUGUGUAGCUAUUAUGUCCAACGACGACGUGGACGAAGAAAACAGCCAGGAUGGAGGCAUUCAUCCGGACUUAAUAUAUGACAGACCAUAUGACUAUAGCUCCGCUGCUGAUAUCAUGACGGUAGACCGUAUUGCCAAGUACGAAUUCUCAACCUUAGAAAGGGGGGUCCCCCAGGGUUAUCCAUUGAGGGAGCAUCAGGAAGAUAAAAUGCACUAUUUGCAGGUGCCCCCUACAAGAAGAUACUCCCACGACGAAACCGACAUGUGGACCACCGGUCAGAUCCCUUCAUACCUGCACCGCUGGGGCUCCACCGAGGACAUGGUGGGAAUGCAGCAGUACAGCUCGCAGCGCCACGAGAGGCGGCGGAGCAGCCAGGUGUCCUACCACGAGGAGAGCCGCCCGCAGCGCUCCCGCAGGAGGUCUGAGGACACGCACUGUCUCAAGCAGCUGCCCCGUGCUGACCGCUAUGAGGAUGAGUUCAAGUGCUUCAGUCGGGACGAGGUGAUCAACUUCAUCGACGAGACGCCGCUGCCCAGCCCCAUGAGGAGUCCGCGGCGCGCCUCUGCCAUCUCGCUGGUGCCCGAUGCCUUGUACGAGCAGCAUGUCAUCCUGCUGCCACACUUUCCUCUCACGCACUUUGACCGUGAGCCUCAGGCCCUGCGACGUGCCUCACAGCACAGCAAAGGGUCACGCGGCGAACUGUCGCAUGAGUCGCCCCGCAGGUUGGGUGCAGGUGAGCUGUGUAGCGACGGCAAGGGGUGCCGAGAGCACCAGAGGGACUCCAAGCGUAUGCACGAAGCAGUCCUGCUGAGUCAGUACGCACGGACAGGGGCGCACUCGCCACUCAGGGGGACCAAAAGGGGACAUGCUGAGGCACCCAUAUGGGUGGGAGACCACAAGCAGCACGGGACAAAGGGCGAGAGCAAAGGGAGCACAAAUAGUUUUAUAAACUCCACGUCCGCGUCCUCGGGCUACGUCACAUUUAACGACUCCAUAGGCUCGACUACCUGAGGAGCCAGCGACAGUUUUAUUAUUACACGUCACGAUAAAUUGCUUAAUAUCGAUAUUAGUAUUAGCGUUUUAACUAAACAAGUGGAAUGUUUUUGUUACCUGGGCACUUCGCGUUAUCGUGUCUCGAGGAGUCGCAGAUGGGUUCUAGGCAGGAAGAAGAGAAGAUAUGUUCUUUUCUAGCUAUUUUUAUCUUAAACAAACAUAUCGUUGCUGUCAUGCAAAAACCUUCAUUUUUUUGCUUUAGUUUUUCUAGGUAGAUCUAGCUUUUUAACAUAAUUUGAGCCUGGUUGUUCUGACCAAAAAUGGACCAAAAUAAAUGUGCCACAAAAAACAUUACCUUGGCUUGUUGGCUUCAAUUAAAAAUAAGAAGGUUUCUCCCUCCUCUUAAAACUGCCAUUUUUCUAGAUUUUCUAGGUUUUUGUCUCACAGCGACGAUAUAUAUACAUAUAUAUCAGUUGUGCUCUGUAUCCUCAUUAUUUGGAGUUGAUAUUUUUCAGGAGCCUGUCCGCUUUCAAGCCUUCUUGUUCAGUUUUUGGUUUUGUCCUUGCAUCUCAUAAAGCCUCAUAGAGUCCAGGCUGAGUGUAGAAAGGGCCUCUUAUUCUGCAGUGGAUCGCUUCUAGCAGUUAACACACUUAAAUUCCACUCUUUCCAGCAUUGUCAUUGUUUCUGCUUAAGUGGUUAAGUGUUGCUUUUUUUAAGUAACUGAGUAAAUGUAUAGUAGCGUGAUGGUUUUAUGGUGCAUUUGCGAAAGCACUUCUACUUAUAUUUGUGUUGAAUCAUUUCCAGACAAGAAUAUGUUGCAUAUUACAUACAGUGGUUAAAAAAGUGUUUGCCCCUUCAUGAUUCUUUUCUUUUUUUGCAUGUUUGUCAUGCUAAAUGUUUUAAAUCAUCAAACUAAUUUAAAUAUUAUUUAAAGACAACACAAGCCUACAUGACCCUGUGUGAAGUGUUUGCCCCUAAACCUGAUAACUGGUUGUUCCACAAUUAGCAGCAACAACUGCAACCAACCAUUUGCUGGAACUAGCAAUGAGUCUUUCACAGACAGCUGUGGAGGAAUUUUGGACCUCUCCUCUUUGUAGAAUUUCUUUGUAAUUCUGUUUUUUAACUGCUUUUUUUAAGGUCAUGCCACAGCAUCUCGAUAGGAUUCAUGUCAGGACUUUGACUAGGCCACUCCAAAGUUUUUUCUGCUGUUCAGAGGUGGACUUGCUGGUGUGUUUUGGAUCAUUGUCCUGCCGCAGUACCCACGUUCGCUUCAGCUUAAGGUUGUGAACCGAUGGCUGGUAGACAGCAGAAUUUUUGGUUCCAAUUAUCACAGCAAAAGUCUAGGGGACCAUCCAGAUGUUUUUUUGGCAAAAUAGAGACGUGCCUUAAUGUUCUUUUUGCAGGACAUUUUUGCCCCGUCUUUUUCUUGUGAUGGAGUUAUGAAUGCUGACCUUAACUGAGUUAAGUGAGGCCUGUAGUUCUUUGGAUGUUGUUGUGGGGUCUUUUUUAUGACCUCUUGGAUGAGUUGUCGCUGGGCUCUUGGGGUAAUUGUGGUCUGCCGGCCACUCCUGGGAAGGUUCACCACUGUUCCAUGUUUUUGCUAUUUGUGGAUAAUUGUACUUACUGUGGUUUACUGGUUCGCUGGAGUCCUACAACUUUAGAAAUGGCUUUAUAUCCUUUUCCAGACUAAUAGAGUUUCUGAAUUUCUUUGGAUAUUGGCAUGAUGUCUAGCAUUUAAGUAUCUUUUGGUGUAUUUUGCUUUGUCAGGCAGGUUUUGUUGAAGUGAUUUCUUGAUUGAGAAGAGGUGUGUCAGUUAUCAGGGCUAAGUGUUGCUAGAGAAAUUAAACUUAGGUGUGAUAAUUCACACUUAAGUGUGAUGAACCACACUUUUUCACACAGAGCCAUGUACAUUUUAUUAUUUUUUCAUUUGAUAAUAAACAAUGUGUUGUCUUUGACUAAUAUUUAAAUUUGUUUAAUGUUAUAACGCAUUUAAGAUUGACAAACAGGCAAUAAAUAAGAAAUCAUGAAGGGGUAAUUAAUUCUUUAACUCACUGAACAAUUACAGCAUACUUCGUGUCUUACAGCUAUUUCAUUAAAUGUUGGAGAACAUAUAAAAAAAGUGAAAUAUCUCUUAAAAUAACACAUUGACAUGCACAAAGAUAUCAUGUCAACAUAUAGAAGUCAGCUGAUCUAAUGUAUCCAAUUUUCUUUUUGUUGUUUUUGAUCAUUUAAACUGAUAGUUAAUGAUGUAUUUAUUAUUAACUCCAGAGAGUAGGAACCGUUUUUGAUUUUUUUUAGGAGAUGCUGGGGGUGUACACUAAAAUAUUCUUGUUUUGUUAAUUUAGAUGCAUUUGUGACAUUUAUAGAUGGAUCUAGUCCCAAGUUGUACACUUUAUGUGUGUGGGUAUGGGCAGUAUCACUGCGGUAAUACUUUUUCAGGCAGUUCUGUAUUUUGGGGAAAUGUAUGAUUGGUUUAUAUGGGGUACCCUUAGGGAACAAAUCAAUGCCCCACUCCCAAAUCCCCCAAAUCCCUGGGUAGUUAUUCAUUAAAGUACCUAAAUCCGUUUUUUAUGUUUUUUUUUUUGUUUUUUGUUUUUUUAUGUGUAAAAAGAAAUAAAUUGUCAUUUAGAAUGGUCUUAGAAGACGUACUCCACAUUCUGCUGUGACUACACUUGAUUGGAACAGUUCUGUCAUACUGUAAUACAUAACACAUUCAUUAUUUAAAAGAAAAUAUAUAUUUUGUAAAACUUAUUGGUGACGAAUUGUAAUUAUGCAAUUUUACAAGCUGAUAUUGAGCUCAGCAUGCCCACGUACUAUGCUACAUCUAUAUUUAUUAUCAUUGUGUCACUAUUAAGGGGCUGAUUGCCGUUGUUGUGCAUGAGUGUAAAGGGUUAAAGUAACGAAAGGUGUACAUCUGAGAAAAAGAAGCAUCACAUUUGUUACAGUGAGAAACACUAAACACGGACAGAUGUGUCACUUUGCUGAAGUAAAGUUGUGUUUUAUAGUUAAUUAAUUAAAUUAAAAUGAUUUAAGACUACCCUGUUUCUUUAUGUAAAGGUGUUUGCUUAUGUUUAGGCUCCACAGGCCAAAUGACCAAAUGAACAAAUGUCCAGGGAAGGCUUUAUACUAGAUUUCUACUAGACCACUGGUGUGAGGAUUUGAUUGCAUUCAGUGACAAGAGCACUGGUGAACUCAGGAUGUUAGAUGAUCAACCAUCCCACCUAAUCCUCUUCAUCAUCACCAGCUGCCCACAACUCAUCUCGAAAGUAUUGGAUGGAGAAUCAUCAUUCCAGAGAACACAUUUCCACUCCUCCACAGUUCAGCGAUGGAGGACAUAAGGCAUGGUGUUCAGAGAGUCCCAUUCCUUUGGUAUUUAUUACUUACUCUGUACUUAUUACAGAGAUAAGACAAGCUUUGUUUGUGCAUUUGUACAUCAGGCCACCCAGCAUUUAGCAUUCAUUCGAUUUAUGUAAAGAAUUUAUUUCGUUUUUUUUUUUGUUACUUUUUCUUUUUUACUUAAAAAAUCAUUCAAAUAUAAAAUGUGAAAUUUCCCAAAGUCUGGCUUAUCUAUAUGUACAGCUCUGGACAAAAACACUUAAAAACACUUAAAAAUGAUGAGUUUCUUUAAUUUUACCAAAUUGAAAACCUCUGGAAGAUAAUCCAGAGGAAGCUGGAUGAUCACAAGACAUCAAACCAAGAUGAACUGUUUGAUUUUUUGCACCAGGAGAGGCAUAAAGUUGUUCAAAAGCAGUGUGUCAGACUGGUGGAGGAGAACAUACCAAGAUGCAUGAAACCUGUGAUUAAAAACCAGGGCUAUUCCACCAAAUAUUGAUUUCUGAACUCUUAAAACUUUAGGAAUAUGAACAUUCACAUUUUCUGCAAAUAAAUGCUUAAAACUAUAAUAUUUCUAUUUCAAAUAAAUAAAUAUAAAUAGCAAAAUCAGAGAAACUGAUUCAGAAACAAAAGUGGUCUCUUCAUUUUUUCUAGAGCUGUAUAUAUUUGUUUUUUCAAGAUGUCUAGUCAUGUAUUUAUAGAUGCACACAUCGGAUAUCAAGGUUUUUAAUUGGGAAACUAAAAAUUGGUAAUAUGCUAUAAUGCUAUUUGAUGUUUUAUAUAUGAGACUAUAUUGUUUUUUAGUUAGAAAAAGUGUCACUUAUGAUUAUGAAUCAUAUUUUUCAUGUAUUUUGGAAUUAUGAUGCUUGUUGCUGCCAGCAUGUGUUUUUGAACAUUUAUUUCAGCCAAAUUCUUGUGUCAAUAUCUGGUGCUUGAUAUUUUGGCAGCUUCAAAUCAGUUCAUAAAUGAAUCAAUUGCCCACAAGAUUUCAUAUAAAAAUUUAACUGAUAUUUUUUUUUUUCAUUUUUUUAGAUUACUGACCAGGCCAUGCAUUUUCCUAUACUAAGACCUACCACUAGAGUCCUCCUUCUUAUUUCAGCUGGCAGUGGCUUAUAGCUAACCUAUAGACUUCAUUUCAGUUCUCUAUUUUUACAUGGAUUCAUUUCCAGCUGUCAUUAUCGAAGGAACCUCUUCGAAAUGAAUGUAUUCACAUUGACUGGUUUGUGAUAGAUCACCAACCAUCCUCCACAGUUUUUUUCUCAAAUAAUUAUGAUAAGAUGUAGCACUAAUGCUUUAUAAGGCACUUUGAUACUCACAUCUCAAACCUGGUAUGAACAAUCCAGUUCCUUUGUAGUAGCUACUAAAAGUUACAGUCUUUUAAAUUAGGGCAUUCCAGAUUUCACUAUUUUCAC